AUGUCAAAAUUUCUGGAAAUCCCCGAUAACGCGUUGACUCCGAUGUGUUUACACAAGGAAUCACUGUUUUAUAUGCUUAGCGAGCAUGCUGAAAGUCUGAAAAGCUUCAAUAAUUACCCAUUCGGAUAUGCGAAAGGAAAAGAAGAAGAGAUUAUUGGGUUGUUAAUGGAAAAAGAACCACGGAUGAAAAUCUACUACGGAUCGGUUGAAGAGUUCACAGAAAACUUUAAAAUUUUCCAUCAUUUCACUGGAAGUCACAAGUAUUUCGGAACAGACGAUGAGCCUUAUCAAAACCCUCCAAUUAUCUAUCGAAAUCUGAAAAACGAGGAGUACAUCUGCAAAUCGGACAUCUUUCCGAUUCUCCAGAAUAUGACGAUGCGAUUGAAUCUGAAAUUUCCAUUCGAAGUUUUCUCGAUUAUUGCGUAUUUUUUGAAAACGCAGGAGGAGAAAUUUAGUGAAAAAUUGGAAUUUGUGAGAUUCGAUGCGAAAUAUUUCGAGGAGAUCGAGAAGGAAUUGAGACAAGAAAUGAAGAAGAAUGUGUUCUCUCCCCAACAAACGGGAAAACUGCUUCGAGAGAUGUCGUCACUCACAUUCGACGAAUGUUUCGAAAAGAUGAAAAAGUCGAAUCCGAUUGUGUGGACAGUGUUAAGACAUGACAGAAUUCGGGGUUAUCUCCAAGAGAAAUGCAAUUAUUAUCGUGAGGGACAACAUUCCGCAUGUGUGUCGGAUGUCCAUAUCAGGUCCACUCAAGUCAUUAAAUCACUGCAGAAUGUUAUGAAGAGACGACCCGAAAUUUUUGGAAAUAAACUGAAAAUCACUCCAGUGAUAUUGCGACUUUUUGAGGAUGGAAACCAGAAAUUUGUGAUAAAAUCGGAGGUUUUGGAGGCGAUUAACACGAAUUUCAAGGAUAAAACUGAUAUUUUGGAGACGAUCGAUAUGGAAGAAGUGGAGAAAAUGAUGGGCGGUGCACAGAAGAUUGAGUUCCUCUUCCACCCGAUCCGCCGAGCCAAACACAGAGCUGUUCCCAUCGAGAGCCCCGGUUUAGGAGAUGAUUUUGUGACACUCGCCGUCGAUGCGCUCUUCGAAUUCUUGAAAAGACUCAUACUCAAUCUGAAGGUGUUUCAGACCAAGAAAUUCGAGCGAUUCUUGAGGAUUUUCAGCAGUUUUGAGCAAUAUUUCAUAUGGAAUAUGAAUCGUCCAUAUUUCCUCAAAACCAGUCUGGUUGACACAAUGCAAAUGUUGAUAACGGAUAUCAUUGGAAAUGAUGAGAGAAUCAAGGAAAAAGAGGUUCGAAUGGUGAAGAAAUCAGAAGGAUUUACAGUGGAAGAUCUGAAAAAUGAGCUGAAACAUCUGGGACUCAGUGAGACAUUCCCUGAAAUCGAGGAGCAUGCGGAAGUGGUUUAUAAGCAUGUGGAUAGUGUCAAAAAGGAGAAAUUUUUGAGAACUUGUGACUUAUUUGAUGCAAUUAAGCACUGUCAACUGAUUUGUGUGCUCCAAAGACUUCCGAAUUAUAAAAAGUUUCUUCACAAUCAAAAAGGAUGCGAGAGGAUUCCUGGAUUGAAGUGUGAGGAUUGUGAGGGGAUUCAGAAGAAGACGUCGGAGAAUCUGGAACCCGAAAGCUCUGUCACCCAGGACACAUCCCAGUGUGAAGAAGAGGAGAUUCAGAAACCUCUGAAGAAUCUGGAAAUCGCCAGCUCUGUCUCCACGAAUCCACAAAAGGAGGAGAUUCAGAAUCCCCUUAUUCCAGACGCACCCAAAUGUGAAGAGAAGACGUCCGCUAUCCAGAAGCCAUCGAAGGUUCCAAAAAUCGAACAUUCUCCUCCAGACGCCUGUGAAACAUGUGUGGAAACUUCUGAACAUCUCAAAAAAGUAAUGAAACGAGUGGAAAUCCUUCAGAAUCUUGUUGGGAAGCUGAGGAAAGACAACUGGAUUCUUGAGGAAUCUGAAAUCAAAAAGACGGAAGAGUUGAAUAAAGAGAAGGAGAAGAAUCAGGAACUUCAGAAGACAAUUCUCAAGUUGAAUGGAGAAAAUGAGGCGAAUCGGAGAGUUAUUCAACAGUUUAAGGAUAGAAUUACAGCGAUUUCGAGUUAUGAAGAUCUUGGAGAUCCGCCCUUAGUUUACGAUUGUCUGAUUUGCUCGAAUCGGAUAAAGUCAGAUGAGGAAUAUGCGAGAUGUCCGCUGUGCAACAGAAUAUUCCAUUCGAUUUGUGCAUACAAAUGGCUCGAAAACCACACCAAAUGCCCGGCAUGCAAUGGAGUUUUUCCAUGA